GAGGGGCUGGGCCUCUUGGGCGCGCGCGCUGUGGAGAAACAUUUGAAAGAAAAAAUGGCGGAUAAACAUUCGGCAGCUUCACAAGAUGGUUGCGGAAAUGUCGCAGUUGAUGACAACGUCAACGCUGCCCUGAAUACGGUCGACUCGGAGAGGCAGACAUCGAAAAGAUGCUCCCCCACGAGCCCCAGCACGCCUCCCUCAAACAAAUCCCCCCGUACCGUCUUCCUGCCAACCAGUGCAACGAGCCCAGCUGCAGCGGGAGAACUGGCGGGAGCGGACCAUCCAAAGACGGGGACGGAAAACAAGGAGGGACCCUCGAGUCCCUCCGACCAGCCCUCUGCACGGAGGAAAUCCUGGAGGAGAGCCACUAUAACCCGACGCUCUCUCCCUGCCCUCCUCAACCCCUAUCAAGUUUUGUGUAGGAACAUAAGUACAUCCUUAUCACAGCAAGAGAGGCUUGAGGAAUUGAUGGAGGCUUCAAUGAAGCUAGCAAUAGAAAGAACUCAAAGUGCAUUGCAGUCAGUGCCAAACACCUCAUUGGAGUCUUUUCAAAAACAAGUUGUGCACAUGCAGAAAGAGUGGAGUUGUCUUGCCAAAAGCAUACGCGAUGAACUAGAGAGUCAUCAAUUCCCUGCUAUGACAGCCAGUUCUAGUGAUCCUGUAGUACAGAACGCCAUGGAAAAGGUCAAGAAAGCCAUCAAUAGGUUCCAGGCUGAAAGUGAGUCGUGGGAGGCACUGUUGAUCAAACACCGUAGUAAAGCAGAGGAAUUGGAAAGGAAACUGGAGCAGGGCCAGAAAGGAGGUGUAACAUUGGACUCUUCAUCUGUGGCCCAGUCCUCACAGUACCGUUUCAUACAGAGUAAACCCGACUACCAGGGUCUCCUUUGUAGACAACAGCCCAUGCUUCACACUAUGGCAAUGAUUAUGGACACUCAGAGUAAAAUGGUGAGAGAGCUUCUGUCCAUCAAGGAGCAAUCACAGCUUCUGGUGAAAGAGACCAGUGGCCGAUUGGCGGCAGAGGCAGGAUUCCAGGAUAUUUCCCCUGACCUCAUCAGGAACCUCAUUGCAGCACCUUUAUCCUCUGCAACUUCAUAGUCCCUCUGGCAGGAUGCAAGCAAUGAAUCAUCUAAUGACUUGUUUAUGAUUCUCGUAUGCAUACUUACUGUUAGUUUAGCUCCAAUAUCUUGCUCAGUCCUUGUUGUCGCAAUUUAUUGGAGAAAGUAAGCUCUAAAUGCCGAAUUUCUGUAUGCACCCCCCCCCCUCCCCACCUACCAAAAAAAAAACAAUCAGGAGGGACAGGUUAUAGAACUAGCUGAGGUAAUGCUUGUGUUUGGCCAGCAGGUGGCACUAGCUGGCUUUACAAUAGCAUGGGAAACCUUGGCAAAUGGCCACUGGAUUUUUCGGUUCGGCCUUAAUUAAAUGUAAUUAUUCCUACCUGUAAACCCUGAAACUGUUAAGACCUGUCUGUCAGCUGUUGGAGAUAAAGGAACAGAAUGGAUGGCGCAGAAUACUCUGCCAACAGGGUUCUUGGUCAUUGCUCAUAAAACAAACAUGAAAUAGUCAAAUAUAAUGACCGUCUGGAACAAAACUGAAUUUGUCUUUAAAAAUGGUUUUAAUGGUCUAGUGACAAGUCUGAUUACUACCAUUUUAUAAAUAUCUUCACAAGUGACAAUGCAAAGACUAGCUGACACAAGAUUACUUGCAUAGUGUUAUUUUCAAAGAAGUGUAAUUAGACCUAUGAACAUUAACUUAAAUGAUUGUAAAAUACAAAAGGGUUGUAGUGCUCUACAGUUUAGUCCGGUUGAUUUAUACAGUCUUUUUUUUUUACAAGCUCAUCUUCAGCACAUAUAUUCUCUUGGUGCUGCAUCUAUUUCACUUCAUUGGUGUCCCCUGACCAUUCAGGAGGAGGCCCCUCCCCCAUAGUGACUCACCCCCAUCUCUUGCAUUUGGCUGGGUCACUGAUGCAGAACGAAGCUUUGACAUUGUACCAGUCAGUCAAAGCUUUGUUCUCUAUCACUCCUAUCUCUUGGACCCAGUCCCUCAUUAAGGUUCAUACUUAUUGGUUCUCUGGUGAUUGCAGGAGGAAGAAUUUCCUUCUUGCCUUUUGCCAACAAUAAAAAAUAUUGAAUGGCUUUCCUUGCUUUGCAGUUAUGGUUUGAAACAUGGAGUAUUUUGAAUUUUCCUUGAGAUGGUAUUCAAGGGAGUCGCUAGAGAGAACAGGGACAUGCACAGAGACGACAAGUGGGGUUGUGACCGUGAUAGUUGUGAGCAAGGGAGGAUGGUGCACAGCAGGAAAGAUCGAUUCUUAUUUAGAUGAAAAUGAGGCUUGAUGCUUCUGAGGGGAGAGGAGGGCAACUUUAGCAUCUAAAUGAAUAGAGGUUUCACAGAAAUUACCCUUAAAUGAAUCACUAACAAUGAAAGGUAUUACGAAGUUUACAAAGCCACUGGCUUUGGGGUUAGGUGAUAAUCCCUGCAGCUCUUCACUUACAAUUGCAUUAUACAAUGUUGCUUUAAACAUUUAAACCACUCAGUGUCCCAGGCAAAUGGCAUGUUAUUCAUGUUUGAUUUGAAUGCAGUCCAUAUUUGGAUAAAGGUGCCUUGGGUGUGACCAGCCACCUGGUUUGAAAACUACUUUAAAUAAGAAAUAAAAGGAUGGUUCUUUUUUUUAUUA